GAAGAACAUUUUAAGAAAGCCAACAAUUCUUGCACAUGGAGACAGCAUCAGAAUCAGCCUCAACUCAAAAUACACAAGAUCCCCAUUCAGACUCACCAUUAGUUUCAGAGGGCUCCAGUGGCAAUAGCUCACCACUUGUAGCACAGCUAAGGAAGCUGCUCUUUCGUCGGAUGCUUAUUGGGGUCAAUGAUGGCCGCUUCUUCUUGGGUUUGUUCCACUGUAUUGACAAGCAGGGCAAUAUCAUCCUCCAGGAAGCUGUGGAGUAUCGCAGCACUCGCCGAUCCUCGCCAUCUCCAAUGGAACAACGAUCCCUUGGACUCAUCUUGAUCCCCGCUUCCUGCCGAUCCUCCUGUCAUGUUGACUGCUCUAUAGAGGAGCACAUGUCACUCUUGUCGCUUAGUAAAUGAAGCAGAUGCUAAUAUUUGUUGUUCCUUGUCUAAUUAGUCAUGAUCAUUUGUGUGGUUCAUGAGAUCAAUACGAUAGCUUUAUAUGCAGCCUAUUGGGCUAUGAGGCUUUUUGGUAGCAGGGCAAAGCUGGCAUUGAAUAAUUUUGUAUCAAUAUUCAUUUCGGUAGUUGAAAGAGAAAUUUAAUAAUAUGCUUUAAGUUCCAUUUAAAUA